AUGACAUUUGGGUUCCAGUCCAGAGCCAUUUCAUACACUCCAAUAGCGCGUUCCAACAUAUUUGGUGGAUUAACUUCAACUGAAAGUCCAACCAAGAAAUCCGAAUUACCAGCUAAUGAACAAAUCCAAGAUGAUGAUGGGAAUUUGGACUUAUCAAAGAUUACAAAAGAGACAGAUAGUGAUUUAGUUGAAUUCAUGGCUAAGAAAUCCGCUGGGGCACAAAUCAAAUUGGAAGAUUAUAUUCAUCCAUUAAAACUUGCAUUAUAUAAUAACGUCGUUGCCGAACAUGGAUUUUAUAAAAAUGGACAAACAGUAAAACAUGAAAACAAGUAUUAUAAAUUGAAUUUAACUCCAAAGGAAAUUGAAAUCUUGGAACCUUCAAUAUAUCUUGAAUCAUAUAGAAUUAAAUCAUCAACCAAAAAAGCUACUCAAGUGAAUAGAUUUGUUAGACAAUAUGAUCUCAAAACCGCCAUUAAUCAAUUACAUUUCAAUCCCAAGAAGAUGUCUACCGAAUUAGAGAAAUUAUUAAAAAAAGGGUUGGAACAAGUUCGUGAAUUAGGAUUGGAUGAAAACAAGGUGUUUAUUCAACAAUUAUGGGCCGGUGAUGAUGGGCAAGCAAGAAAAAGAUUACAAUUUCAUGCCAAAGGUAGAGUUGGAUUUCUUAAACAUCGUUAUGUUCAUUUGAAAUGUAUUUUAAAGACUGAACAAACUAGAUUAAGACUUGAUUGGGAAAGGAAACAAAGACAUUUAGCUAAGAAACCAAAAACUGUCUUAAAUAAUGACCCAUUGAACUUUAAGGUUAGACCUAUUUAUAAAUGGUAA